AUGUCAUCAACACCAAGAUCUGAUAGAUCAUUGGAUGGUGAUUCACCAAUCACUGAAUACUCAAUUGAUGAUGUAACAUUUCUUGAUCGUCCAACAACUGACAAUAUUACUAACUUGUUAGAAUCGAGGUAUAACAAAAAGGAUCAAUCACAAAAGAAAUCUCCCCAAGUUUAUACUUAUCUUGGAGAUGCAUUGAUUUUUGUAAAUCCAAAUGAUAUUAAGGAAACUGAAGGAUUGUAUAAGAACAGCGUAAUGCACUUUUACCACAAGAAACUUCCAUUUGCUAGAGCUCCCCAUAUUUUUUCGAUAGCAGAGAAUGCAUUUAGAACCAUGAAAGAAACAAGGCAACCACAAACAAUAAUUGUGAAUGGUGAAAGUGGUUCUGGAAAAACGGAGAGUAGCAAACUCAUUCUCAAAUAUUUAACAGUUGUCUCACAAAAUGGGCCUUCAUCUUACUUUGUAAAACAUGUAUUAACAGAAUCAAAUCAACUUUUAGAAGCUUUCGGAAAUGCAAAAACUCUGCACUGUGACAAUUCAUCCAGAUUCGGUAAAUAUACUACUGUUUAUUUUGGAUUUGGUGAUAGAAUUGAAGGUGGAAAAAUUAGUACAAUUCUGUUGGAAAAAAGUCACAUUACGAAUCAGAGAAAAAAGGAAAGAAAUUUCCACAUAUUCUAUCAGCUAUGCAGAGGAGCAGAUAGAUCUAUGAAAGAGGAAUUCAAUCUGCAUGAUCCAUCUGAGUUCUUGUAUCUAAACUCUACAGAGACAGUGAUAGAUGGAGUCGAUGAUAUGCGAGAAUUUAAAAAAACAAUUAAGAGUAUGGAUUCAAUAGGAUUUUCGAGUAAUGACCGGAAAGAAAUAUUCAGGGUAGUUGCAGGAAUUUUACAUUUAGGAAAUAUUCAAUUUUUGGAAGGUAAUUCAAAAGAUAGAGCAGAAAUAGUGGAAAAUGAUGCCCUCAAGUGGGCCUCAUUAUGCUUGGGAGUUCAACCUAAUCAACUAAAGCAUGCUCUAUUGGCACGUACUUUGAAUACCGAGGAAAAGGUUGUUACUUUUCAAACUGCUGUUCAAGCUAGAUUCAACAGGGAUGCUCUGGCGAAAGGUAUUUACGAGAGACUUUUUCUGUGGAUAGUUCAGAAAAUCAAUUCAGUAAUCAAACCAAAAACAAAGAAAAUGGUUACAAAAAUUGGUAUUUUAGAUUUGUAUGGUUUUGAAAUUUAUCCAUCCGAUAACUCUCUAGAACAGUUGAAUAUCAACUUUGUAAAUGAAAAACUUCAACAACACACAUUGAAGCUCUUACAACAGGAGAAAGAUGAAUAUGUGAAGGAAGGAAUUUUCAACAUGGAUCUAUUCACCAUACUGUCUAAGGAGUUGAAAAAAGAUUUUCUCUCUGAUUUUGAUACUAUUAAUGAUUGUAUUAGCUGUAUAGAAGACAAACCACUGGGUAUCUACUCACUCCUGGAUGAAGAAGAUUACCUUAACGUUUCAGGUGAUGAAAGAUAUCUUGCUAAAUUGAAAGAGAAUUUGAAAAAGUCAAAUAGUUUCGAACCUGCAAGAUUCAAAAGUACUACCUUUAGUCUUAAACAUUUUGCAGCUAAGGUAGAUUAUAACGUUACUGAUUGGGUCAAAAAGAACAAGGAUACAUUGUUCAAAGAUCUAAUUGAUGCCAUGUGUAAGAGUUCGUCAGACCUGGUACAAGAACUUUUUAAACCAUUAGACGACUUCUAUUCAGGAAGAGAAAGCAAACGAAGACUUCAAGAAACCAUUGUAAAACAAUUUAAACGAGAUGUAAACAAAUUAAUGAACAAGAAACUGAAAGGGAAAAUCCAUUUCAUUUACUGUAUAAAACCUAACUAUGAGAAGAAGGCACUAAAAUUUGACAAGAAAUUAAUCACCAACCAGGUCAAAUGUUUGGGAUUAAGUUCAAUAUCCAUAUUCAAACAACAUGGAUUUUUCUUUAAAAUGGAUUAUCCCAAGUUCUUUGCCAAGUAUAAAGCACUUAGUCCUAAAACUUGGCCCUCCUCCUCUGCAGAUUUUGAUAUUGAAGAAUUGAAAUCCAAAAUUAGAAGUAUUCUGGCAGAAACCAAAAUAGAGAGUAACAAUUAUGCAUUUGGAAAAACUGAAAUUUUCCUUAAAACACCA